AUGCCAAACAAUAAAUUGUCAUCAAUUCCAGAGACCGUCAGUAAAGGAGUAGCAGUAGAGGAGUCGGACAUAAGGUUUUUACCAAGCUUUUUCGUCACGUCUGAUAUUCUGGGUGAAAUUAUCAAAAGACGUCAUCAAUUACCUAAAACAUUCCCAAGUCAUAUUGUCUCGCAUCACAUAUCCAACCACUCCGUCUUUAACUGUGUAUGCGGCAGAGUAAGUGAUGCCUGUGUUUGUUGUGGUGCUCUACAGACUGAAGCUUCUAAAACACCUGUGAAGAAAUCACUCAUACUGUUUGCCGCUGGUGAUGUUGAACCGGCUACUUUCUGUGUAAACAUUACAUACCUACCUAAAAAGCAGCAGACAAAAAUGACAGGAUUUCUCACUCCUACUGUAAAUUCAGAGCCUGCAGAUACCAAGAAGACUUUUGAUCUGCUAAAGUGGCCCUUCAGUUUAAAUUCGUCACGAGUUCUGAUUUUGUAUGAUAACGAGCUGGUGCCGUUGGACUCACCCCCAGUCGUAUGUGCGGAUAACUCAAAAGAAGAUCCAGACCUAAUGUUGUGUGCCCAAUUAUCUGCGUUGCACUAUGGAUUGGAAACAGCCGGUGAUCAUCAAACUGUUUUCUCCGGGUGCUUGGAAGUAUCAAUUCUGGUACAGAAGCAAUGGCCCAUUAUCCGUUACCCUAAAGUUUGUUUCCGAGCCCAUCGUGGUGCAGCUGGAGAUUUAGAUCAAGCAGCCGUUGUAGCUGUUAAGUCAAAGUUGGAGGCUCUAAAAACGAAUCCUAGCAAAAGAACUGUUAACGUGACAACGGACAAUAUCAUAGCAUCUCAAAAUACAAAGUCGUCGAUGGAAAAUCAUCAUAAGGCAAAUCUCCCCAGCACCGAGGAGGCAAAAGACAAGGUGCCUGUUUUAGGUGAUGUUGCACAUCAAGGUGUUCCUUAG